AUGCCCGGCGUGGUCGCUGUUCAUGGGUCGCAGCAACGGCAGGCCCCGCGGAGCUAUGUGGAAGGGGGAUUGAGUCAGUUUAAGGCGUUGGGUGCAAAGGCCUUUCAGAGCGGUGAAUAUGCCCUGGCCCUCCAGUGCUACCAGCAGGCCAUCCUCCGCGCCCGCGACGAUGAAAUGGUGCGUGAGUCACUUCUCCACAUGUGCUGGUUCGCCUCGUCGUGCGCAGACAGAAACGCCCGCACCCAUCCUGGUCUCAUUCUGACAUGCUUCCAUGAUGGUGAGCGGGACAUUGCACAGCGCGUCACCCUGCUAUCCAAUGGCGCCAUGUCUGCCUUGCGAGCUCAGUGGCCCCACACGGCCCUGCAGCUAACCAACGAGGUGAUGCAAGGGAUCAGACCGGUUUCUGGUUUGCUGGGUUGUGUCAAGGCAUUGCGGCUGGAUGAGGCACACAUCAAGACCUUAUAUCGCAAGGCCAUGGCACUACGAGAUCUCAAUCAGAUGGAUGCUGCCAUGGGGACCUGCCGUACCCUGCUACAGCUCGAACCAGCCAACAAGGCAACACGUGUCCUACUCAAGUCAUUGGAGACAGCCCUCAUCGGGGACGAAAGCCAGGCCUAA